AUGGGUAAGCCAAAAUAUGAUCCACCAACAAAUACCUUCCCCUAUAAAAUAACCAGGAGAUUGAAUAUAUUAAGUGUCCCUCGUAAAUACAUAAUCGAUACGGGAGAAGGGAUGCCCGCUUUAAACCCUAGAGGGAUUCGGAAAUCGGCGUUGGGCGCUCAGAUUACGGACAGAGUCGCGGAUGUGGCAUGGCCAUACAUACGCCGUUUCCUUAUAAUAAAGCGCAUGUACAAGAAUCGCUUCAGUCAAGAACGAAUCGAGAAGAUAGAUCGCAUGAUAGAGUCAGCCAACGCCACCUGUUAUUCGAAACUCGCAAACUGCGUGCUAGAUCUCAAGAAGCAAGACACCAAGGAAGUGAAGAAGAAACGCGGCUGGACCGAGAGCGAAUGGAAGAAGCACAUGGAUUAUAUCGGCCAGAUCGCUGGGCCUAGGAGGGACUUUAGACCGCCACCUAUAAGGAGAGGACUCGGAAAGCCUCUAGAAGCCUUACUGCCACGAAUCAACCAAAUCUCUAACUUACCCGACUUCAAGAUAUAUAGGAGAUUGUCACAAGAGGCGUGGUACAGAGAUCCGGUGAAGGUUCCACGUAACGCGCUCAAAUACGUAAUAUCAGACCGUGUGAAGAAGCUAGCGGCUCCAAGAGUUAUUCCGCAGCCAGGAGCAUAUGAUUAA